UUAAAUAAAUGAAAGCGUACGAGUAAAUAGAUCGUGUAAAAAUAAUAAUAAAAAACAGAUUUGUUUUCAAACUUUGUUUAUUUUUUGUCUCGCAUCUAUUUUUUACGUUUGUGUAGUCAUUUUACUGCACUCCUCUAUGUUUAAAAACAAACUGCUUGUUUUAGCUAAUGUAGCUUGCUACAAGAACUGCGAAAGGACAUUUCCUACUGCUACCAACGACAGCUAGAUAACUGUUGCACUUCCACGUUCAGCCAGCCGUAUUGACCACAAACUCAUCAGUUUACUUGUCGAAUUCUGCUACUCUUUGUUCCGUUUUUGGUCAAGAUGCGAGACAUUAAGGUACUUGUUCAGCAAUAAGAAAAGAAGACGAAAAGUAAUCCGCACUAGGAACUGGAAUUCGGACGCUCCGCUGCGUUGGACGUGCUACACUUACAUGAAGAGAAACGUCGGCAGACUGUAGAAGUGUCGCGAAGAGCGUUGUGUCUGGAGUCUUGAGUGCUGAUCACGAGGAGGCGCAAGCAGGAAAACAAAACACGACGUGGAGGAGGAACAGAGACAGGAGCAGAGGACUGAGAGAAGAAGGAGGUGAGGAGCAAGAGAACACGCUGACGGGCGAGGAAGAAGAGGAGAGGGCUUGAACCGGGAGCAGUGCACCAUGGGUAAACAGAACAGCAAACUGCGUCCUGAGGUUCUGAAUGAUCUGCGGGAGAACACGGAGUUCACGGACCACGAGCUCCAAGAGUGGUACAAGGGCUUCCUGAAGGACUGCCCCACGGGCCACCUCACGGUGGAGGAGUUCAAGAAGAUCUACGCCAACUUCUUCCCCUAUGGCGACGCCUCCAAGUUCGCCGAGCACGUGUUCCGCACCUUCGACACCAACGGCGACGGCACCAUCGACUUCCGGGAGUUCAUCAUCGCACUGAGUGUGACGUCGCGCGGGAAGCUGGAGCAGAAGCUGAAGUGGGCCUUUAGCAUGUAUGACCUGGACGGCAAUGGCUACAUCAGCCGCGCAGAGAUGCUGGAGAUUGUGCAGGCAAUCUAUAAGAUGGUGUCUUCCGUGAUGAAGAUGCCGGAGGACGAGUCCACGCCGGAGAAGCGAACGGACAAGAUCUUCAGACAGAUGGACACUAACAAUGACGGUAAACUCUCUCUGGAGGAGUUCAUCAAAGGUGCCAAGAGCGACCCCUCCAUCGUCCGGCUACUGCAGUGUGACCCAAGCAGUGCCAGUCAGUUCUGAAAACAGACAGAAGGACAGAUGGACACACUGACCCGCCCUGCCCCACCCCUCUCCCACUCCCACUCCCGCUCCACAUUGUCAGCUGGGCCGGUCCUCGCCGUUAAGCUCGUAUGAUAACUGAUGCCUUCCUCAUCAUUCCAGCACCCUCCAUGGACAGAUAUUUCAU